ACAUCACCUGAGAGAAGCUCCUUGGCGGUGCGCGCAAGGCAAGAAGAUUAUAAAAGUCCGAGCGGGGGCCGGAGAGGCGGACAUUACUCCCCGCUUUGUUAGCAAAGAACUUCAACUUCCCUUCGCCUUUCUUGUUCCACCAGGUGUACUCGGGGUUGCUUAGUUUCGACCCAGCACGAAGAAAAGGGGAAGGAAAGAAAAAGUCAUGGGUCGAGGAAGAGAAUUAAGAACGAGCUAGCGCCUUUGGUGGGGAGUGCGAGCCGGGGAGAAGCCGCGGUGUUCGGACACAGGAUGGGGAUGGAUGUCAGCACUCUCCGGACCCUCAUCAGCAGAUAUUGCGUGGGUGAGGAGAACUGGGUGGACAGCAGGACAAUCUACAUCGGGCACAAGGAGCCUCCCCCAGGAGCUGAAGCUUUCAUACAGCAAAGAUUCCCAGACAACCGAAUAGUGUCCUCCAAGUACACAUUUUGGAACUUCAUCCCCAAGAAUAUGUUUGAACAGUUCAGGAGGGUCGCCAACUUCUACUUUCUCAUCAUAUUUCUGGUUCAGUUGAUCAUCGACACGCCCACCAGCCCGGUCACUAGUGGACUUCCGCUCUUCUUUGUCAUCACAGUUACAGCAAUCAAACAAGGUUACGAGGACUGGCUGAGACAUAAAGCGGACAACGCUGUCAACAAGUGUGCCGUCCACGUGGUGCAACAUGGCAAAGUGAUCCGCAAACAGAGUCGCAAGCUGCGGGUGGGAGACGUUGUCUUUGUAAAGGAAAAUGAAUCAUUUCCUUGCGAUCUGGUCCUGCUCUCCACAUCCCGGGAUGAUGGGACCUGCUACGUCACCACAGCAAGCUUGGAUGGGGAGAGCAGCCACAAGACAUACUAUGCAGUCCAGGACACCAAAGCUUACAAUACCGAAAAGGAGGUGGACUUGAUCCACGCCACCAUAGAAUGUGAACAGCCACAGCCAGACCUCUACAAAUUUGUGGGCCGCAUCAACGUCUACAUGGACAACGACCCAGUGGCAAGGCCAUUGGGAUCAGAGAAUCUCCUUCUCAGAGGAGCCACACUGAAGAACACACAGUACAUUUACGCGGUCGCCAUCUACACUGGAAUGGAAACAAAGAUGGCUCUCAACUACCAGUGCAAGUCUCAGAAGCGCUCUGCAGUCGAAAAGUCAAUGAACGCCUACUUGGUGGUCUACCUGUGCAUUCUCAUCAGCAAGGCUAUUGUCAACACAGUCCUCAAAUAUGCAUGGCAGGCUGACCCCAGCAGAGAUGAGCCCUGGUACAAUGACAGGACAGAGUUAGAGAGGCAGAGACACAUAGUGAUUAGGGCCUUCACAGACUUCCUGGCCUUCAUGGUUCUAUUCAACUACAUUAUCCCUGUUUCCAUGUACGUCACAGUGGAGAUGCAGAAGUUCCUUGGCUCCUAUUUCAUGAUGUGGGACGAUGAGAUGUUUGACGAGGAACUCGGAGAGAGAACAGUGGUCAACACGUCAGACCUGAACGAAGAACUGGGCCAGGUGGAAUACGUGUUUACUGAUAAGACAGGAACGCUGACAGAGAACAACAUGGAGUUCAUUGAGUGUUGUGUCGAUGGACACGUUUACGUAGCCCAAGCAAUCUGUAAUGGACAGGUGAUGCCUGGUUCAGCUAGUAUGGACAUGAUUGACACAUCACCAGGCCCUGGGGCGAGGGAGCACGAGGAGCUGUUCUUCCGAGCGCUGUGUUUAUGCCACACCGUGCAGGUGAAAGAGGAGGAGACGGUAGACAGUAUCAAGCUGGGCAUCCAUCAGGGCAAGUCCACUUCCUUUUACAUCUCGUCCUCGCCAGACGAGGUGGCGCUGGUGGAGGGCAUGAAGAGGCUUGGCUUCACAUAUUUGAGACUCAAGGACAGUCACAUGGAGAUAUUGAACAGAGAGGAUGAAAUUGAGAGGUUUGAGCUGCUCCAAGUCUUGACUUUUGACUCCAAUAGGCGGAGAAUGAGCGUCAUUGUCCGAGCCAGCACUGGUGAGGUCUACCUUUUCUGCAAAGGAGCAGACUCGUCCAUCUUUCCAAGAGUCAUCUCGGGCAAGGUGGAUCAGGUCAGAGCUCGGGUGGAGCACAAUGCAGUGGAGGGUCUGCGGACGCUGUGUGUUGCCUACCGGCCUCUCAGUCUGGUGCAGUAUCAGGAGGUUUGCCUCCUGUUAAACGGGGCCAAGUUGGCACUACAAGACCGAGACAAACGACUGGCAGAGGCUUACGACCUGAUUGAGAAAGAUCUCAUCCUGCUGGGAGCCACUGCUGUGGAGGACAGACUGCAAGAAAAAGCGGCAGACACCAUCGAGUCUCUGCACAAGGCAGGUAUGAAAGUGUGGGUGCUGACCGGCGACAAGAUGGAGACGGCUGCCGCCACCUGCUACGCCAGCAAGUUGUUCCAUCGCAACACGCAGAUCCUGGAGUUGACCACCAAGCGCACAGAGGAGCAGAGCCUUCAUGAUGUUCUGUUUGACCUGCGCAGAACUGUGCUCACACAUCAUGGUGGCUGGACCAGGGACAUCACUGGUUUAUCAGGUGACUACACCGACUACGGUCUCAUCAUCGACGGAGCCACCCUCUCGGCAGUGAUGAAGCCCGGCCAGGAGGACUCCAACUCAGGGAACUACAAAGAGAUUUUCCUGGAAAUCUGCCGCAAUUGCAGCGCGGUACUCUGCUGUCGAAUGGCACCUCUUCAGAAAGCUCAGAUUGUCAAGUUGAUCAAAACAUCGAAGGAGCAUCCGAUCACACUUGCCGUUGGAGACGGUGCCAACGAUGUCAGCAUGAUCCUCGAGGCACACGUCGGCAUUGGUAUCAUGGGUAAGGAGGGCCGUCAAGCAGUGAGGAACAGUGACUACGCUAUUCCAAAAUUCAAACACCUCAAGAAGAUGCUGCUUGUCCAUGGACAUUAUUACUACAUACGCAUCUCUGAGCUUGUACAGUACUUCUUUUACAAGAAUGUCUGCUUCAUCUUUCCCCAGUUCCUCUACCAGUUUUUCUGUGGUUUCUCACAGCAGCCGCUGUAUGAUACAGCCUACUUGACUCUGUACAACAUCAGCUUCACUUCACUGCCCAUUCUGCUCUACAGUCUCGUCGAGCAGCACAUCAACAUGGACAUCCUGAAGAAGGACCCGGCUUUGUACAGAGACAUUGCCAAGAACUCGUUACUGCGCUGGCAAAGCUUUAUAUAUUGGACUGUCUUGGGCGUAUAUGACGCCAUUGUGAUGUUCUUCGGUGCUUACUUCCUGUUUGACAACACCACCUUCACCAGCAACGGACAGCUAAUGACAACCAACACACAGAUGAUGUUUGGAAACUGGACCUUCGGGACGCUGGUGUUUACCGUGCUGGUCUUCACGGUUACUUUCAAGCUGGCCCUGGAUACUCAUUACUGGACCUGGAUCAACCACUUUGUCAUAUGGGGCUCGCUUAUCUUCUUUGUUGUCUUCUCUCUGCUGUGGGGAGGAAUCAUCUGGCCCUUCCUCAACUAUCAGAGGAUGUACUAUGUCUUCAUGCAGAUGUUGUCCAGUGGCCCGGCCUGGCUCAGCAUAGUUCUGCUGAUUACGGCCGGUCUGCUACCAGACGUGCUGAAGAAGGUCAUUUGGAGGGCUAUGUGGCCCACUACAACUGAACGUAUACAGAUGUUUGCAGGCCUCGGCUAUGUUCCUGCUCUUUUGGAUAAUGCAGAUAAACUCUACAAGGGUCAGCUUUCCGAGUUCACCCCACUGGACCGCCGUCGGAGCUCCAGCACCAACAGGAGCAGGCCUAACCCUCCAAGGACUAACUGGUCAUGCCUGCGUGCAAACACAUUGUCCCGAAACACUUCAUAGGCAUAUCUUUCUCUCUCUCUUAAGCCCUCACACUGUCCUCCCGCCUUUCUUUCUGCGGCGAUGGCGGCGCCGAUGUGGUCCAGCCCACCUUGGCUUUGUCAGAUCGUCGCCUUCACGUGUCAUGGAUAGCUUAGAAGCAACUAGUGGUGGGUCAAACGAUACCGAGCGAAAGCUUACGCAACACAAGGAGCGAUACUGUAAUGCGCUCCAUGUGUGUGUCACUUUUAGGGGGAAAAAUGUGACCGAUACAGCUGAUGUGUUGACAUUGAACUGUGAAGCACCAAACUGUGUUUUUCAGUAAAAAAAACAAUAAUAAGUUAAGAAAUUAAAUUAAUUUAAAAAGAAGGGAAAAUUCCGAAGUCUGGAACGCCAAAUGAGGUUUUUCUUUAGUUGUUUAGUAUUUAGUAUUUCAUUUUCCUUUAUGUCCAACUAUUACCGUAUUUUCCGGACUAUAAGCCGCUGCUUUAAAAAAAAAAAAAAAGUUAGUUUUUAACCACACUUUAAACCCUGCGGCUUAUAAAACGGUGCGACUAAUUUAUGUAUUUGUACAGCCAUGAUGGUUUGUAUUAGAGAUACCCGAUAUUAUUGGUAUCAGUUUCAAAAUUAUCGGUAUCUGUUUCAAAAAUAAAUUUAUGACUUUUUAAAACGCCGCUGUGUACACGGACGUUGGGAAAAACACAGAGCACCAAUAAACCUUAAAGGCACUGCCUUUGUGUGCUGGCCCAAUCACAUAAUAUUUACGGCUUUUCACACACACAAGUGAAUGCAGGCAUACUUGGUCAACAGCCAUACAGGUCACACUGAGGGUGGCCAUAUAAACAACUUUAACACUGUUACAAAUAUGGGCCACACUGUGGAGCCACACCAAACAAGAAUGACAAACAGAUUUCGGGAGAACAUCUGCACCGUAACACAACAUAAACACAAUAGAACAAAUAGCCAGAAGCCAUUGCAGCACUAACUCUUCCGCGACAAUAUACACCCCCCCGCUACCAAAACCCCGCCCCCCCAACCUUGCCCACCUCAACCUCCUCAUGCUCUCUCAGCAUGUCCCAAAUUUCAAGCUGCUGUUUUGAGGCAUGUUAAAAAAAAUAAUGCACUUUGUGACUUCAAUAAUAAAUAUGGCAGUGCCAUGUUGGCAUUUUAUUACCAUAACUUGAGUUGAUUUAUUUUUGAAAAACCUUGUUGCAUUGUUUAAUGCAUCCAGCGGGGCAUCGCAACAAAAUUAGGUACAAUAAUGUGUUAAUUCCACAACACUAUAUAUCAGCAUCGGUUGAUAUCGGAAUCGGUAAUUAAGAGUUGGACAAUAUCGGAAUAUUGGAUAAGGACAAAAAAGCCAUUAUUGGACAUCUCUAUUUUGUAUUCAACAAAUAUUUUUCAUAGAGACACUGUGUUAUUGUUUGUGAUAUAGUGCACAUGUUUUGGACAAGUUGGCUCACUGCAGGUGCUGCGGGUCAGAAAUGUACUUCCUGUUUCCUGCCUUUUUCCGGAAGUGUAACCGUUCUUUUAAUUUUCAGCCCAAAAGAAUUCAUCAUUUAUGACUCCAAGCAACGUUUGUAAGUUUUACAACAUAAGUAAAACUUUUUAUACUUACUAAACCGUUACAUGUGUGAUGUCUGUAGGAGAGUUGUCAGGCAUAUUUUUACAUGCUAUCGUAAUCUACUCAAGCUAGCGUGGCGAGCAUUAGCAAAUAUGCUAACACGUUUAGAAGUGUCUGUGUUAGUAUUAUUAACUUACAACGGCAUUCUUUUUGUCUCUUUCUAGUUCUGUAAAUUCACCAAAACGUCAUUGUGAAGUUUUUUAGUCUGUUUUGCUGAUUGGAGAAUUAGUUUUUGCAGUUCGUGUGUUCAUGACGAUGACUUCUGUUUUGUUUUACUGCCGUGUAAUAGCCACAGUUUUAAAACAAUUAAGAUAUGUAAAUAAUCAUUUACAAACUCUUUCGUACCGGAGUAUAUCUGCGGCUUAUAGUCCGGUGCGGCUAAUAUGUGUAAACAUAUUUAUUUCUUCUAAGAUUUGUUGGGGGUGGCUUAAAUACUGCUCCACAGCCCGGAAAAUAUGGUAGUGGAAAAAACAAAAAUUUUAUUUGCAAACUAUUCUUUUAAAUUAAGUCAAACGGAUGACUUUUGUAACCCAUCAGAUGGUGAAUGAAUAUUACGAAAUGCCAACACAAUGUCAAUACAGCCAGUGAGUGUGCCACACUCUCAGUGAGGCAUCAUUGACCCAUCACUAUUAUUUACUCUCCUCGUCAUCUUUGAACCAAAGUGGCCGCUUCAGAUCCCUGUAGCUGCUUCCUUUUAGGUGCCUUGUGCUAGUUUGUAACGUAUGUUCUAUGGAUGCACGACCAAGCAGGUGAAUGUAGUCACUAUCUUAGUCGAAACAGCACUGGGAUAUCCAAAACAAUCAAAGAACAAAACCGCACACGAAAAAUGUCGGACCACUUUUGUGUAAUAUUGUUAUUUUUAUGUCUUUUUCAGACCAGUUUUAUAUGCCGCAUGUGCAGAAAGAUGUAUUAUUUCAAUGCAGGCCACUUAAUGUACAUGUGUUACUCAUUAUCAGCUCAUUGAGGCACUUGACCCAAAUGUAUAUCCUGUUUUCCUUGCUUACCUCUUUGGAUGAACAGAACACUGGUGUGUGUGUGUGUGUGUGUGUGUGUGUGUGUGUGUGUGUGUGUGUGUGUGUGUGUGUGUGUGUGUGUGUGUGUGUGUGUGUGUGGGGGUUAUAAGGGUAUAGCAGGUGCAGUUGUAGCUUUAAAGCAGAGGUGUCAAACUAAUUUCAGUUUAGGAUCCACAUGGAGGAAAAUACAUUCCCAAGUGGGCCGUACUUGUAAAAUCACGGCAUGAUAACUUCAAAAUAAACCUCAGAUUGUUUUUUUUUUGGUUUAUAAAUAGAGCAAGCACAUUUUGAAAAUGUACAAAUCAUAACGGGGUCUUGCAUGUUGCGGUUAAUAGUUUUCUGUUAUAAUUUGUCGUUGUUUAUACUCUCUGGAUAAAUAUGAUAAUGUUCAUCAGUCAAAUAGGUGGAAUUGCGUCAGGCAGAGUUUUAAAAUGCUACCUUUGUUUUUAGUUUUUAAUCUAUCAGAAGAUAAAAUUAAUAAUAUCAAAAUCCAAUUAAAGGAUGUUAAUGUAAUUUACAAAUGUUCCUUAACUGAUUAUUAUUAUUAUGUACAUAUGUGAAAGACUUCAACAUGUACAUAUGAAAAGACCUCAACGGUGGAGUGGGCGGAUGAUGUUUGCAAAGAAGCUCCACAACGGUCACAAAGGCGGAGGAAGGCUGCAGCAAAAGAUGAGCCCCCAAUUGUUUUGGUCUCUGUGCCAUUGGACCCUGGCCUAUUUUCUUUGCCAAGGACAGUGUGGUGGCUGUCUGUGCACCAGUCUUCCCACUUUUAAAAGAUUUCACGCAGAGGCGUUCUCCUGAGGGCAAUCCCACCAACAGGAUGACAAUCAUACUCGUUUCGAGUGAUCGCCGACGACAUAUGUAGCAUCAUCUACAACAAAACUUGGACUCAUUUCAUUAACCACACAUGAAGUUAGAAGGGUCUACAUAUCAUUUCAGCAUAUUUACGUGCGCCCAGAAAAUGUGUCCUCAUUACCAACAGCAUCUUCGACCACUAAGGCAUUAACGGAACAAUCAAUAUUUUCUAAACUAUCACUAAUAAGCAGCGUAAGUAACUAGUGUCCUUAAACACAGCAUAUAGCUCCGCCUCCUCUGAAGUCAUGCACGAGUACGACUGCGACAUCCAGUGGACAUAUUUAGAACAGCAGUUUUUUUUCAUUCGAAAUUUACAACUAAUUUUUUACACUCGGCAAACUCAUUUCAAGAGCCGGAUAAAACUUGUUUACGGUGUUCUGUCGAUGGCAGAAACCCAUGCGCAUGUUCACAAAUAUUUUAAAUAUUUAAAUACCUAUCGAAAGCAACUGCCUGGUGUACAAAUAAGUAGGGAUUUGAAUUAUUAGUAUUAUUUUUUCAUUUUUCAUUGUAUCCUCUGAGCAGCAAUCGUGUCGCCCAUUACUGCAUGAGAAAGUUCACGUUGACGCAAACAAUGGUAGCUCAUUUUUCGUUUUCAUCGCCGUUCAAACCCGUCCAUAUGUUUUCUUCCGCUUAUCCGAGGUUGGGUCGCGGGGGCAGCAGCCUAAGCAGGGAAGCCCAGACUUUCCUCUCCCCAGCCACUUCGUCCAGCUCCUCGUGGGGGAUCCCGAGGCGUUCCCAGGCCAGCCGGGAGACAUAGUCUUCCCAACGUGUCCUGGGUCUUCCCCGUGGCCUCCUACUGUUCGGGUGGCAUCCUGACCAGAUGCCUGGACCACCUGAUCUGGCUCCUCUCGAUUUGGAGUAGCGGCGGCUUUACUUUGAGCUCCUCCCGGAUGGCAGAGCUUCUCAGGCCACCCGGGAGACAUAGUCUUCCCAACGUGUCCUGGGUCUUCCUUGUGGCCUCCUACCGGUCGGACGUGCCCUAAACACCUCCUGAGGGAGGCGUUUGGGUGGCAUCCUGACCAGAUGCCCGAACCACCUGAUCUGGCUCCUCUCGAUGUGGAGUAGCAGCGGCUUUACUUUGAGCUCCUCCCGGACGGCAGAGCUUCUCACCCUAUCUCUAAUUUCGGCCACUUGUCCUGUCGUUAACAACCCAAAGCUUAUGACCAUAAGUGUGGAUAGGAACGUAUAUCGACCGGUAAAUUGAGAGCUUUGCCUUCAGUCUCAGCUCCUUCUUCACCACAACGGAUCGAUACAGGGUCCGCAUUACUGAAGACGCCGCACCGAUCCGCCUGUCAAUCUCACGAUCCACUCUUCUCUCACUCGUGAACAAGACUCUGAGGUACUAGAACUCCUCCACAUGGGGCAAGAUCUCCUCCCCAACCCGGAGAUGGCACUCCGCCCUUUUCCGGGCGAGAACCUCGGACUCGGACUUGGAGGUGUUGAUUUUCAUCCUAGUCGCUUCACACUCGAUCCAGUGACAGCUGAAGAUCCUGGCCAGAUGAAGCCAUUAAGACCACAUCAUCUGCAAAAAGCAGAGAUCUAAUCCUGCAGCCAUUAAACCGGAUCCCUCUAACGCCCUGACUGUGCCUAGAACUUAUGUCCAUAGAAGUUAUGAACAGAAUCGGGGACAAAGGGGCAGCCUUGGCGUUUUAAAGGGAAUCUUCAUUUCAGUGAACACUUGUGUGUAAAACAUAAUCCGACAGCGAACGUGACAUGGUAGCGUAAUUCAAUAGACCCCACUAUUGGUUGCAUUUUGUUGAAUUAGCCAGCCAAAUUCGACAGAACACAUAUGUUUGACACCACUGCUUUAACGGGGAAAUAAAAAGAAAACUAUAAGAUGCCCUUACCUGGCGCUCUGGUGCACCCCUGCACUGUCUUGUCUUCUUGGUCGACACUCUGCUGUAAAACCUCUGAAAUCCGUCUCGGUGGAUUUUAUUUUUUGUUUGUUUGUUUUUUGUGGAAGGGGGUCAGAACCGGACCAACCAAACUCACCUGACCUAACAAACUUGACGGCCUUCAAAACCCGAAUGUACACUUUGUUGACAAGUGUGUUUCUCAUAGACACGAUGUAGAGAUGUGUGUCCAUGACCCCUCUAUAGAUCAAAUAUCUCGAUUUACGGUAGGUAUGUGUGUCAGUCCACAGUUUUGGGGGGUCUUUUUAUAUACUGUUUUUAUCAGUCGUGUGGGGAUUUAUUUGUGGAUGUAUGCCAACCAUAUAUGUCGUGAUUACUAGAGAACUAUCUGUACAUUUGCUUGGAAAAUAAAAAGCCACAAUGGAGACACUGAAGAA